AUGUCUGAUAAAGAAAACGAAAUAUCAAUUAGUUGUGACAAAGGAUCACUUGAAAAUAUACUAGGUGCUGAAUUUGAAAAUUAUGAAGGUAUUUUACCUUUAAUUGACACUCCUAUAGAAAUUAUAGAAGGUACACAGUUUAUUUCUAUGUCAAUUGCAGUUCAUUUUAUAGAACAAUAUGCACGACAAAAGAAAUUUGCUGUUAUUAAAUACAAAACUGAAACAUUUCAAGAUGGUACUUGUAGAAAACGAGUAUUCAAAUGUGAUUUAGGAGGAAGAUAUAGUGAGAAACUUUCAAAACCAGCACUAGGCAAGCAAAAAAAUAAAGGAACAAAAAAAUAUGGAUGUAUAUGGCAAAUAAAUGUAACACGUGAAAAAAACUCUCCAAUUACAACUGUAACAUCAUUUAUUAAUGAUCACAAUCAUAAACUUUCUAGCGAAACUAUGAUAUUUUCUAUAGCUUACAAAGGUUUUUCCCAAGAAAUUAUGGAACAGAUUGAAUUUUAUGUUAUACAUGGACAUUGUGAUGCAACAAUGAUUAGAAAUUUACUUCAACCCAAAUAUCCUGAUAGAGUAUUUUUAUCUAGUGACCUUAGUAAUGCUAUUCAAAAAAUAAAACGAGAAAAUGGAAUAAAUCUAGGUGACGCAGCAUCAUUAUUAAUGAAACUUCUUGCGUAUCAAAAGAAUAAUCCUGAAUGUUUAUUUGAACAACGAUUACAAGGUUUUGUAGAAAAAUAUGUAGCAGGAAAAAAAUAUAUAAAUACACUAUUAGAUAAAAAACACUCUUGGGUAAAAUGUUUUACAUCACGGCAUUUUACUGCAGGUACACAAUCAACACAACGGGCUGAAUCAGAAAAUGCAUUAAUACAAAAAGCAGUACAAUCUUCAUUUUCACUUUUGCAAGUACAAGAAGUUCUUGAACAGAGGCUCGAGUUCGAAAUUAUUAAUAAUCAAAUUUCAACAUCAGACGAUGAUUCUUUUGAACCAUUUUUUGAAAAAGAAAACAAUAAUAUGUCUGAAGAAAUUUUUAUUGAAGCGGACGAAGAUAGAGAACUUAAUUUACAAUCUUUAAUUGCAAUCGUUGAUCCGGGUGAUAUUUUGGAAAUUUGGAAAGUUCAAAAAAAAGCUAUACAAUAUGCAAUUGAAGAUGGUGAUAAUGAGUUAAUUCGAUUGAUAAAGGAAUUUAACCAAAAAAAAGAAAUUCAACGAAUUCAAGAAGAAUCCAAUAAACAACAAGAAAUCUUAACAAAACGAAAAAAUAACGACAAUCAAAUUAUUUUGAGUACAAACGGCAUUUUAAUUGAUUCUCAGCAAAUUUUAGAUCCAUUAAAACAUCAAGCAAAGGGAAGACCACCAACAAAAUGA